UAUUAACGCGCUGCUGCGCAGCCCGCACUCGCCGUCCUGCAGAGCCCUGCCUGCGCUCCUUGCGGACGCCGGCCUGGACGUAGAUCCGCAGCCUUCCCGUGAGGAUCCCUCACCCUUCUCCUGUACCUGCAGGCCCGCCUUCACCCUGCUUAGUGGGCAGUAAUCUGUGUGUAUACCAACUGAAAUUUCUUGGUCCAGCAGAGGUAUUACGCAGACUGUGCGGGUGGUUUGUUACCAAGACCUGUACAGCUGGGUGUCUCUGCGUUAUCUAGCGUAUCUUCUUAAAAAAAAAAAAAAAAUUGUGUUAAGGAAGAGCAAAACCACUAGAAGCCAUCUUCACAUGCCUCUAUCUCAAUGUCAGCUUCUUCUGCAGGUUAUCUGGGGCCGAACUGUUACAGCAUUUCUGUCAGAGAGUUCUGUCUUUGUUCAGUAACCAGAUGUUUGGGUUUUUUUCUUAUUUUUUUCUUAAUUUUUGUAACUUAAAAAAAUCAUAUUUUUGUCACUUUCGCUGCAGGGAGGGGUGUCUUUUGUUCUUACUUUCUGUUGCACCAUGUUCUGGGUCAAGUGAAAAAUCAUCUGCGGAGGGUUGGUGGCAGCAAGGUUGGGUGAUCCCCACUGUUUUACGUCAUACAGGUCAUGGUGGGAAACACUGAAGUGCUGAAUACAUUGGUUAGAUCUCUGCUUAUAUCUGUAAGACUAAAAAGUAUUUUGACUUUUGAGUUCCAGCUUAAGCAAAUGAAUGAAUGUGGAAGACCCUUCUCUCUAAGGAAAAACCUCUGAUACAUAGGGAGAAUGUUGUAUUUCACCUUCGUGUGGAGCUAAGUCUGUACUAGAAUCAACUUUCGAAGGAUGCAUGUAUACCAGAAAAUGGGCUAAUUUGAAAGUUAAUUCAGUAACUGUGAUAACAUCCAUCAAACGUGACCUUAGCUUGUAACUAUCAGAGAAUACAUGUUGGAAGAGUUUCUUUUACCUCUUUCUCCCAUGUCACUACCUCCCUGCUGUCCUGUGAUGUACCUGCUGCAGUUCACAGGAAGCUGCAGUAGGAAUCCCUGCUUUACGGGGACUUCUGUUAAGACGUGCAUCUUCUUCUGUAAGUCAAAAAUUUCUGGGAUUGUGAACAAAAUUUACUAGCUUUCUUAAAUAUGGUGAGCUUUUUGUAAGGUAGUUAGAAAACAGUUUUCUCUAUUACAGUAGGGCAGGUAAAAUACAUGUUUCUUUCUGCUUUCAGGUACUGCUGUUAAUUUGUCUCGUUCCUGAGCUUCAAGUCAAUAUGUCAAAGAAAUCGGAGGCUCCCCUUUCCUUAGCUGACUGCCUCUGCCAAAUCUGCAUGGAGGUCUUUGUGGAGCCUGUGACGCUGCCGUGCAACCAUACCAUCUGUAAUUCUUGUUUCCAGCUGACAGUUGAAAAUGCCAGUCUUUGUUGCCCUUUUUGUCGUCGUCGAGUCUCUUCUUGGGCACGUUAUAAUGCCCGCAGAAAUACUCUUAUCAACUGGGAAUUCUGGGAAAAGAUUCAGAAGAAAUAUCCGAAGGAAUGUGAGCGUAGAAUUAACGGACAAGAUUUGGAAGAGGAAAUCUUUGUCCCCCAUCCACAACACCAGCUGAGCAAACCUGGGGAACUGAGACAGGAAUACGAAGCAGAGGUUAGCAAGGUGGAGGCAGAAAGGCGAGCACAUGAGCAAGAAGAGAACAAGGCAAGUGAGGAAUACAUUCAAAAGCUGCUAGCAGAAGAAGAGGAAGAGCACAGAUUGGCAGAAGAAAGACGAAAGGAGAUGGAGGAACAGCUUAAACAAGAUGAGGAGUUAGCAUGGCAGCUGAGUAACAGCUUGAAUGACAGUUUGGGAGAACAUGUGCUUAGCAGUUCUUCACGAGGAGACAGCCUCUCAUGUGAAUCACUCCCAGUUAAUUUGUGCAAGAUGAAGAACAAACCAAGCAACUCUGGAGACAUUCAGAAGUAUCUGACUCCAAAGCAUCAUCACACAUCGCGAUCAGCUUCAUUCUCUAGAGCAACAGAGGGAGGUGGGACUGACCCUGGCUACGUGAUCAGUAACAAUGAAGGCAGCAGUACUGAGGGGCAAGAUGAGCAAGACGAAAUGCCAACGCUGUCUCCACAGCUGACAGGUGUAACCAAAUGUUCCGGUGCUCAGGAUUUGUUUAUGGAGACGUACAUUAACUUCCUAAAUGCCUCAGCUUCAGAGAAGACCACGACUGUAGAGCAGAAAAAUACAUGUGAACCAAAGUGUCUCAGAGAUGAACAUCUAAAUACAUCUUCUGGAAUUGCAGAAGGAGAAGGGGCUAGAACAGUUCUUCCCAGAUCCAAAGGAGAAGAUGGAAUAGAGUUGGACAAUGACAGUUUAAUGCAUGUAGAAAGCAUAAACCUUGAAAACUGUGCUGAAACUAGUACUUGUAUUCAGCUAGCAAUAAAUUCCAUAUCUGACAGCAAAAAUGUAACAGGUGAUCUCAUGAAGAUGGCUGGAAAUUCAGAUGAAAAGAAACCAGAGAGGUUGCCAAACACUACGGAGGCUCCAAAAAGAAAGUCUCCAGAACCACUGGCUGAAGCAGUGGUUGACUUUGGCAUGCUUGACAAGAGGAGAAGAACUUUUCCAGAAACUUCAGAGGAGGAAGGGGAGUGGAAAAGCGACUUUAAUUUGCAAAUGCAGAAAGCCUUUGAGCAGGAGCUCCAUGAGAGACAUAUGCAGGAGGAGCAGGAUAGGCUUCUGGCUCUGCAGCUGCAAAGACAAUUCAACAAAGAGGAGAGGUUACUUAACCGACAGAAAGGAUCUCCAGAUGAGUACCUUCUUCGCACUAAAACACCUCCCUCUGUGAAAGACUCUUCUAGAAAAGGAAGUUCUAAGAUGGCAAAGGACUCAAAACUAGCAAAAAAACAGACUGAAACAAAUCACCACAAGAGUCGGAAAGGAUCUUGCAAUGAAAACUGGCGGUCUCCUACCAGAGUCCGAAUGAAAUCACCCAGCAGUGGAAAAGUCUUGAAUUGUGUUGUUAAUACCACCGAUUCAAAUGAUGUUCAUUCACUGCCUAAGAGAAAACAAAAGACAAUCCUUCAGAUGCUUAAAAGCUCAGUUACUGAGUAGAACAACGGAACCACAGACACAUGGUUAAAUUAAUUGGAAUUAGAACCAUGGUAAUGUUUAUCCCUGUGUCAGGCAAAGCUUCUCUUAAACAGUUACGAAAUUGAUGGUUUUGACAGAUCACUUUGGGCUGCGAGAGUAACCAAAAUUGUCUAUUAAAAUGUACUGUGAAUGUUUUUCAGAAGUUUAAAUAACUUACGCCUCUAGACCUUAAAAUUUUUCAUUAGUCUUUUCUUGACUAUGACUUAUUUUCUAGGACUUGCAUUUUCAAGUUGUUUUUUUAUGUUGGAAUGUAAAUACCGUUAUUGUUUGAAAUUCAAAGUAACUGAUGGUCCUAGAAUGAGAAUUUGGAGCCUUUUGUGGGGAGAGCGCACAUUCCCCAGGGGCAGCAAAGAAGUGUGUCUGUAUCUCUAGUUGUCUGCUGACUGAGAGAUGGGGGCUUUACUAGGCACAGGCACUGUUCUGUUAAACUGAAGUACAUUACUGGAAUUUGGUUUAUUUGUUGAAUUGCAUUGUUUGCUUGGCAGUUAACAGGAUUGUAACCAGAUAAGCCAGUCCUGCAAAGGCAUUUCCCCCCUCUCAUCCUCUCACAGAGUAACCCCUUUCUUAUGCAAAGGGGAAGAAAAGGAUCGUUCUUCCACAGUCACAGGCAAGGAUCUCUUAUAGAUGCCAAUAGCAGAAGUGGUUGUGGGCUUGCGUUUACUUCCGUUCAUUUUGUUUUCUUGUUGCCAGUAGCCUGUAACUUACACAAUCUUGCCUGUAUUUACUAUUUAACUUUCAUGUGCAAACUGAUUUGAGUCUGAUUAUAAGCACCUAAUAUUCAAAAAUUAUUAGUCCAGGAGACAGUUACGAUGGAGAAAGUAAAACCAAAAGGGGGAAAAGCAACUAAAGACUAGCGCUACCACUAAUGACUUAAUUUAGCUUUCAACUGAGGUUCAGCUACUGUAACUGUUGCUCCAUUAUUAUUAUUUUCUGAAGGACUAGAAAAUACUGUCUUCCAGUUGAGUCUGAUAGUAAAAUAAUUCAAAAGAAUUGCAUUUUAGAGGAGCUGUGAAGCUGACAGCUCUGCCAAGUUGAGGCCUUUGGAAAAGUUCACUAGCUGCUAGUCAGCAGAAGUAGCGUUCCUGUUAUAUACUUUUCUAUUUUGCUGUUGUGAAGCCAUCUUUUGGCUUUUCUUUGGAUGUAAUGAUAUAUUUCUCAAGUAUACAUUUUUGAAUGAGAGCAAAACACCAGCUUAUGCUGCUGAGACGUGUGUGCUCAUCGCUGAAUAGCUAAUGUUCAGAAAAGUACACAUUUGAAAUCUUAUGGAUGAUCUGUAAACUUUAACUCAGCUCUGGGAAACUUGUAUUUUAAAGCAGAAUCUUCUGAUGUUUUUUAAGUUAAACAAACAAACCACAAAACAUUUAAAAAAAAAAAAAAGACAACCCUGAAACAUAAGGAAAGGAGACCAAGCCAGAAUUUUUUUUUAAUUUUAACUUGCUUGCACAUUUCUGAUACUGUUGGGUUUCUCCUAAAUAAGGAGUAUUCAAAGACCUUUCUUGAGAAAGCUACUACAGAUGACCUUUUGGAAAUAAUUCAUUUUUCCCAUUGCUGCCUCAACCGUACUGUUGGAAGCUUUUGUUCAGUAUAGACCUGUUUCUGUCUAAUUCUUCUUUCAGUUCGUUUUCAUCUUACCCAGGCAGUCAGAUGUAGUCCAUUGUUGAUUACAGUGUUCUUCAGGGCAGAGGCAUUGACUGUUUCUGUGCUUAAGAUACUUUUCCUGUCGUGAUAAGCAUGUGAUAAGUAAACUCUAUUUCCAAAACA